UGGUGUUGUGCCGCCCAACCGACGAUUACGGGAGGCUGUGUGGGUCCCUGCUACUUCACCUGCUUCUUCCCUCGUUCUUUCUUCUUCGCUUUGGGAAGGCUUUGUUGUGGGUGGGUGAGAGAUCAUAUCAUACUACUAAGGAAGCUUCGUGUCAUUUCAUGGCUUCUUCGUCCUCGCCUUCUUCCAUGUCGCGGGAGGGUCACUACAGAGGGGUGAGAAAGCGGCCGUGGGGUCGAUACGCUGCAGAGAUUCGCGACCCGUGGAAGAAAACGCGCGUUUGGUUGGGCACUUUCGACACUCCAGAAGAGGCUGCGUUGGCCUACGACGGUGCUGCUCGUUCCCUUCGAGGCCCGAAGGCGAAAACCAACUUUCCUCCUGCUCCGGUGGCCGCCGGAGGGUUAUCCCUAGACCUGAACGCUCCCACCUCUGAUCAUCGCUGGCCUCCUAUCCCCUCCGGUCGCCUCGUGCUCAACGAGCUUCUCCAUGCGGGUGUUCUCAAGGACAUGUCCUUUGAUCAUCCUCCUUCGCCAGCGGCGCCCAUUGCGAUGGUUCACAACCGGGGCGACGGUUCUGUCUCCGUGGACGGUGGUCAUCAUCAUCAGGUGGCGGAGAGCUCUCCCACCGCGUCAUUCCUCGGUCUUGUUCGGCGAGGCCUACCGAUCGACUUGAACGAACCUCCUCCCGUGUGGCUAUGAACGGGCAUUUUGUAUCCUAUGGCGAUUAGACUGUUGUUUUUAACUGCUUUCUAUCUACCUUAUUCUGUGCCUCCAUUAUGUGUUGUAGUAAGCCUUAUUAUAUAUAUUUCAGCCGGGACUCCAGUAUCGAGUGCUAAGUGCUAACAAAAAUAUAUUGAAAAAAAAUGAAAUAUCUGGUGUAUAUAUUUCUUGUA